CCUGUCUCUCUCUCUUCCAACGCAUUUCAUAUCCAAUUUGCUCGAUCUCAUCUCCUCCGUCUAAUAAGUCUAUUCCAUACCCGCAGAGCUCAGCAGGAGGCCAGAGUUGCAGAAAGCAUAGCUUCGAUGGCAGAUUCAAAUCCUUCUCCAGCUGCUCCCGCUCCCAACCGAACUCGCCGGAGGCCUUCCUGGCCUAUUAUUGGAGCUCUCCUCCUCAUACUAGUGCCCAUUGUGAUCUCCAUCGUCGUUAACGAUCCCAACGGCUUCGACCCGGCGCCGCUGCCGGCAGACUACUCCUUCAGCGCCUCCCUGGCCGUGGCGGAGCGCCACGACCGCAUCCUCGCUUCCAGCAAGCGCGUAGGCGAGGGGCGCCUCCCGGGCCCGGAGGACUUGGCCUACGACAAGGCUCGCGGCUUCCUCUAUACUGGGUGCAGCGAUGGCUGGAUCAGGAGGGUGAGUCUGAAGGAUGAGAAGAUGGAGGUGGAAGACUGGGCUUAUGUCGGUGGCCGGCCUCUCGGAGUGGCCUUGGGACCUGGCGGCGACCUCGUCGUCGCGGAAUCCAAUAAUGGGUUGAUGAUAGUAAAGCCAGAUCAGAGUGUGGCCAUGCUAACUGAUGAAGCAGAUGGACUAAGGUUUCGGUUGACCGAUGGUGUUGAUGUUGCGUCGGAUGGCUUGAUCUACUUCACAGAUGCAUCGUACAAGUUCAACCUCGAUACGCACAUACUAGACAUUCUCGAGGGCCGACCCCAUGGAAGGCUGAUGAGAUUCGAUUCUUCCACUAACCAAACCUCGGUGCUCCUCCGUGAUCUCUACUUCGCCAAUGGCGUCUCACUUUCGCCCGAUCAACGCUCCCUAAUCUUCUGUGAGACCACGCUGAGGAGAUGCAGAAGAUAUCACAUUCGGGGAGAGAAAAGGGGGACGGUCGAUGAGUUCAUCCAGAAUCUACCGGGGUUUCCCGACAACGUUCGAUACGACGGCGAGGGCCAUUACUGGAUCGCAUUAGCGGCGGGGAAGACACCGGAAUGGGACGUAGUGUUAAAGUACCCCUUCCUGAGGAAAUUGAUGGUCACCAUUGAAAAGUUUGUAAAGAUUCCACAUUCUCAGAGGGACUCUGGAAUCCUGAAAGUUGACUUGGAUGGUCAACCGGUUGCCCUCUUCUCAGAUCCAGGUUUGACUCUUGCAACUAGUGGGCUAAAAAUUGGGAAGCAUCUCUGGUAUGGAUCUCUUGUCAAGGACUAUCUCAGCAGGAUUGAUCUAACUCAAGUAAGCAGAUGAAUGAACAGCAAUUGAGGCAGAUUAGCAGUUUCUAUAAAAGAAGUAUUAACUUAAGCUUAAACAUGAACCGAUGAGGUUAGUUCAUCGGGGGUGGUUAAUCGGUCACUUACUCUGUCAUUAAUGGAUCGGAUAUUGAUUUUGACAAAUAUUUAAAUUGAUAUUGUAUUUCGAUGUG